AUGGAACCCAAUGAAAUGCCUGCUAACCACCACUGCUCCUCAGACUCUGCCCUAGGGAGUGAGCCCAGAGCUCCCCAAGGCAUGGAGCUCAUCCCCAGAAGAGCUGUCAGUCGCUCUCCAACCUGUGCCCGCUGCCGCAACCAUGGCGUCACUGCCCACCUUAAGGGCCACAAGCGCCUCUGCCUCUUUCAGGCUUGCGAGUGUCACAAAUGUGUCCUCAUCCUGGAGCGCAGAAGAGUCAUGGCUGCCCAGGUGGCCUUGAGGAGGCAGCAGGAGGCUCAGCUAAAGAGGCACCUGGCUCAGGGACUGAUGAAAAGAGGAGCAGCCCCUCUCAAAGCUGCUAGCCAUGUCAAGAAGGGAGCCACUCGACCAGGGGUCCCCUCUGGAAAGGAGAACAUAGCACCCCUGCCUCAGACACCCCAUGGGGCAGCCCCACUGGCACUGACAUCCCCUGGGAAGGACAACUCCCAUGGGCCUCUACUGCUCAGCCGUCCCUCAGAAGCCUUGCCUUUGCCCUGGACUCCAGUGCCUCGGGGCUCGUGGGCCCCUGGAUACUGGCUGCCUCCAGGUCUCUCCAUGCCACCCCCAGUGGUGUGCCGCUUUCUACGCCAAGAACCUGCUGUCCCUCUGCAUCCCUUCCCUGGCUUUGACCCUGGCACCUCCCUCCGGCUGCCCACUCAGGGGCCCCUGCCAACUUGCCCAGGAUCUCGCCCAGUAUUGAUGGCUCCUCUUUCUGGAGAGCCCCAAGGGCCCCCUAAUCUGCCCUGCACAUGCUCAACUCUGAUACUCCAGUCUUGUAGCACCACAGACCCUCUUCUGCUACAGCCACAGGCCCCUGGAGACUCUUGCCUGGCCUGGACAUCUGCCCCCUCAGAGUGGCAGCUGCAGCGGGAGGCAGCUGAGGCCCUUGUGGGGCUGAAAGAUUCAUCCCAGCCUCCCCGCCUGACCCCUUCCAUCCCCCCCAACCCUGCCUGGAUCUCUCUGCUCCAUCCCUGUGGCCCUCCAGCUCCUGCUGGAGGAAGAGGAUUCCAGCCUGUUGGCCCCUCUCUCCAACCCAGCCCAGCCCCCUCCAUUGCUCUGCCUAUUGGGCAUCUGGGAUCCAUCUCCCUCUUGAGCUAG